AUGCAAUUCAAAACUUUCAUCAUUGCUUUAACUGCUACCACUUCAUUUGUUUUAGCUGAUAAUCAUACUACUAAUGCUACUACUGCAGUAAAUGCAACAAAUGGUACUUCAACAACUACUUCAGAAGGUGCUGGUAAUAUUCAAUAUGCUUCUGCUGGCGCUGCUGGUGCCUUAGCUGCUGGUAUAGUUGCUUUAAUGUUUUAG